AUGGUAUGCAUUGGAGAGAGGAACUCAGCAAAUGCGAAUGUAGAACAAGAACUGGUGUUUGCUGGCUCCGAACAUGGAAAACUCCUUGCUAUCAGGACUCUUUUGCAAACUCAGUUUGAUCCUCCAGCGUUAAUCUUUGUUCAG